GAGCGUCCCUUUGUCUCCGUCUCGGGGUAUAAAUAAUGCUGGAUAUGUUGCAGCUGUCUUUUCCUAUGACACUCUUGUCAGGUGUCUCUUUUUUACAUUUUUUCCAGUCCAAGUAUCAACAUCAAGUACUAGAAGCAUUUUACACAUGAGUAUCUCUGUCGAAGAAUCUGAGAAAAGGAAGACUGAAGCAGCAGCAGGAGGAUCUGCAUGUGACGCCGCGUGUUGGAGCAGAAUGGACGACAUUAUCAGACAGAAGCAGAAGAGACCGUCUGUGCUGCGCCAAGUUUCCCAAACGGCUUCCAGACAGCACCAUGUACUUCCAGAGAGUAGUGGAGCCAUCAGCGCAUUCAAAGAAGAGGUGGAUGCGGGACAUCAUUCCCGGUCAGCUUCGCCACACAUGCGCUCGACCCCGAAAUUAAGCCGUCACCCCCUUCCCUUCAGAGAAGACGACCCAAAGCACAGUCCAGCUGAGGCCAGGCUUCAUGACGGCAGUGCUGCUGACAGGACCAGUGCUCUGUUUGGAAGUGGCCUCUGCCGCUGGCCCGGCUGUGGUGCAGUCACCGAGGAUUUCUCCAGUUUCCUGAAGCAUCUCCACUCGGAACACAGACAUGAUGACAGAAGCAUUGCUCAGUGGAGGGUGCAGCAGGAUAUCGUCCAAUACAUGGAGCGUCAGCUUCUUCUGGAAAAACAGAAGCUUGCAGCAAUGCAACUUCAUCUCUCUGAACACAAAUACUCUGACCUGAAGACGGCAUCAGAGUGGCCGUACAGCCUUCCUCUGUUGCUGCCUCCGUCUCAGGUAACCGAUGACGACAGGAUGCAGCCAUGGGGCAUCAAACAUCUGGAGGAGUUGGUCCAACAUGGCUACACAUCUACUGGUUCUGCCCAUCUUCUGCCAGACUUGGUCCCGAGUAUUGAGUGCUACAAAUACAACAACAUCCGGCCUCCGUACACCUACGCUUACCUGAUACGAUGGUCUAUCCUGGCGUCUCCAGACAAGCAGCGAACUCUGAAUGAGAUUUACAACUGGUUCACCACCAUGUUCUUCUACUUCAGACACAAUACCGCGACCUGGAAGAACGCAGUACGCCACAACCUCAGCCUGCACAAGUGUUUUGUGCGAGUGGAGGGAGGGAAAGGAGCCGUGUGGACGGUGGACGAAAGAGAGUACCAGAGGAGGAAGGGACAAAAGUACCACAGGGACUGUCCCAUGAAGUGGCUGACGUCGUUCUCCCGCUACUGUCCAGAAGACCCGUGAACAGCAGCAGAACCGAACCAGUGCUCCCACAUCAGGACAACCCCUCGCAUAUGCAUUCCCACUUCACUGCUUUCUGUUUAUUCAUGUUGCUGCACUUUGUUCUAACUCAGAAAACUUUUAAAGGACGUCACAGAACUCACUGCAGCAGAUGAUAACGUUGUUUCAUCGUUACUUUAUUCAUGUAGCACCGUUGAGGUCACGGAGGCACAAAGCCGGCAUGUUUCCAGCCAACAAGCAUGUUCAUCCUGCAAAAAAAAGAACAGUUUCAUGUUUUUACAUUAAAAAUACACAAGUUAUUUCUGAAGAUAAAGUUUCAUUUGAUUGUUUGGUUUAAAUAUUUUGCAUGUAUUAAAUAAGCUUUUCA